AUGAGUCGACUCAAUGAUGACUCCCAAGUCAUUUCUGGCAAAGACCACAAUACUCCCCCGACGCGCCCCAUCUCGAAUCAAGUGAUUUCAAAAGAACUCACCGAUGCUACCCUCAACUUUCUCUCCACCUCUACCAAUGAGACCCUCCUUGGAGUCUUUGCGCUUCUUGCACUCGUCACCUACAUUAUCCUAGGGAGAAUAGGUCUGCUUCUGAUUGGAGUGGCUGUGGGGGUUGUCCUACACGCGUCCUGGGAGGGAUCGGGUAUUGUACAUGCAGACGGAGCGUCACACGCAAAAACGCUCAACAGGCGAAGAGAACUUGCGCUGGAAGUUUCCAACAGGCUUUUGGACUGGCCGAAGCGGGCUGGUGCUUCAGACAUCCAGGGGGGUGGCGAUGGUUCUAUAAGUACGCUGGAAGAUAUGUCAUCGGCAGACUUGGAAUAUGCCACCUUCCAACCAGCCACCGCUGUCGCAUUGAGAACGCUCACUGAUGCAGUUGUAAAAGAUUAUGUCAGAUACUGGUAUGAGCCACUUUUACCGUCCGAAUCAAUUUUCCCGAGUUCUUGUCGACGACUUUUAACGCAUCUCAUUACAUCGGUCUCCUCGCACCUCUCGCGGAAACGAACAGAGGACACAUUCUUGCAAUUUCUCACCAACUCCUCAUCUAUCGUCAUUGUAUUCUUGAAUGAACUUGCAGCAGCAUUCACGGCCGCGGGCUCCCCGGUGGAGGCUCAAAAGGCUGUGGAUCAGUACCUUGAACAAUUUCCUGAUAGCAGCCUAGCGAAUGUCUUAUCUGAGAAACAACAAAAGAAGAAACUUGGCAUGAUUGCGGAUGAUAUACUGUCGAAUUUCUUGGAUUCGAAGACCUACAAUUGUCCGGCUGUACGGGACUUCCUCCGUGAGGUUUUUGCAGGAGUGGUAUUGGGGUCCACUAUUAACAAUCUUGCCCGUCCAGAAUUUAUCAAUGAAUGGAUUAUCUAUCUCCUGCAGGGCGGCGAGUCUGAAAUCAUGCAUGCUAUCGACGCCGGCGUUGAAGGCGCACGGAACCAAGGCGUUAGUGCUCCCAGGUCUUCAGAAGACCCAAACACAGACUCCGUGAAAGCCACACAGAGAGAUUCCAUGCAUGUGGCAAAGGCUACAGAGGAAGAAGCAGUUUUAGAGGUGAAGCGCCUAAGCGCUAUGAUUGCAUCCCAUGAUACGCAGAGCUCGGGAUCAGAAAAGCCUCCCCAAAACGAACAAAUUGACGAAAUUGACGCUUUGAAGGCUGGUCUGGCUUCAAAUACGACUCAUGAAAAUGAAGAUCACCAUAACCUGGGAGCAGUGCCCAAUAUGCAAUUAUCUGCGAGCCGGAAACUUUCCGAGGACUCUUCUGCGCCACCUUUGAUUCUUCAUGGAGCACAAGUGUUGGUGGAUGAUGACGGGGCGAGGGAUGAAAAAGGCCAGAUCAAGUCGCGACCCAUGUGGGAUUAUCUACUACAGGUCGAGCCAGCGUCAACACGAUCGACUGGGUGGAUGGUUUUUCGCAAAUAUUCAGAAUUCCAGUCUCUUCAUGAGAUGUUGGGAACCGUUUCACGGUUGAAUCAGAUUUCAAGCUUCUCGGAGCGUCACCCCAUACUGCCCACCUGGAAGGGCAAAACACGACAAGCUCUCGCUCGGGACCUUGAGUGGUAUUUACAAGAUGCCAUGAAGCACGAGUCCCUUGCCGACACUGAUCGAAUGCGUCGAUUUUUGGAAAAAGACGCUGGUUCAUCCUCCGAUCUCACCGGUCCUAACAAACCGGUAUUCUCUUUCCCUAGUCAAACUGCAUUUGAAAACAUGGGCAAGGGUAUGCUAGGUGCAUUGACCAAUGCGCCCAAGGGAGUGGCAGGAGGCAGUAAAGCUGUUUUUGGAGGAAUGACGGGGGUGUUCGGAGGUGCCACCAAUGGCAAGAAACCGGCCGUCGCUGCUGAUCAGGUGCAACCCAAAGUUGAUCACUCCAGUCGCAGCAGUUUGUCACAGACACGAUCCAGCUUUGGUGAUCGCAACAUGGUAAUUAACGAAAGUGUUGAUUCGCCUGUGGUGUGCCCUAGCGACUCCCUGGAGAUCCAAAGAGGCGAAAUUCCCAAGUCGCCUUCGACUGACAGUACUAGAGAGUCGAUUGUGAAUGAGCAAGGUGUAUGGACCACCGAGACCUCACCAUCUAAAACCUCGCUUGAUGUCAGCAAUCAUAAUGCAGAACUUGACGUCCAGGCGACGGAAACCUCACCACAUCGCCGAUCAGAGACUGGUCAUAGUAUUGAUCAACCCCGCAAGCAAGGGAAUCCCAUCACAGCUGAUGAGACGCAAAUAGCAGUAGAGCUGAUCUUUGCGGUGAUCAAUGAGUUGUACACCUUGUCGUCCGCGUGGAACAUACGCCGGACCCUUUUGAAUGCUGCCAAAUCGUAUAUCCUACGUCCCGGGAGCCCGACAUUGGAAACCAUUCGUACUCUGUUGCAAGAAUCCAUGAUAGAAGGCCACACUUCAGAUGACGCCCUCGGGGAUUAUCUCGUUAAGCUUCGUGAGAAUACGCUUCCGACGGAGGAGGAACUUAAAACCUGGCCCGCUCCACCCAGUGAAGAGGAGAAGAACCGGCUACGGGAUACUGCACGUAAACUAUUCGUGCAGCGAGGAAUCCCACAGGCCUUAACAAGUGUUAUGGGGGCGGCUGCUAGUCGAGAAGCCCUUGAGAAGAUAUUUGAUAGUCUCCAAGUUGAGAGUGUCGCUCGGGGAUUUGUUUUUUCAAUUCUACUACAGGGCCUGAGAGUCUUGACUCUCUAA